AGGACGUUGUUCUUUUCCGCUGCCAACGAACCAAUGGACGCCGACAUUGAAGAGGGAUUUGCAGACUAUGCUACGUUAAAGCAGAAGAAAAGAAAGGGAAAGGACAUAUCGUGGCAGGGACAGAAAGAUUUCGAACCAGACGAAUCUAUUACUCAACACGAAAAACUACAAGCGUCACACGAUGCCAUGUUUGAAGCACUAACUGAGAAACGAUUAGUGAGCACCAAAGGCAUUUCGAAGGGUGUAUUCGACCGUGACGCACAGCUGGUUCUCGUUCGUGCUCCCCGUGGCAAUUAUUUCCAAAGUAUCGGACGAUCCGUCAAAGGCACUCUCACGCUAUAUUUGGAAGAGGCGUGUUUCUUGAUGAAUGUUGGCCAGCUGCAGAUUGAAGAUUAUGAAGGAAACAGUAUCAGCUUUCGUGACUUGUACGUAGCUGUAUUGAACUCGGCUGAUGGCUGGUCCUCAUUUGAGCGGUAUCAGACGUAUGCGUAUCUGAAAAGAUUGGGAUAUCAUGUUAUACGAAGCGACGCCAUCCUACCGAUCUCACACAACGUGAACCAUCACCCACUAACGUGGAUGUUCCCAAUCACCGCAAUCGCUAUCAAAUACACCAUCUCAACUGUUCGAUCGAUGAUUGAUAGAAUGAAGAAGAUGUGGCAUAUUGGAUGUAGGACAAAGUUAUUGUGGGUAUGGCAGCGUGAUCAUACUGUCCAUCCCUUGUUGCCACGUAUUCAGUCACAUUUCAAUUAUGCAUCAAUUUUUUCCGCUUUACGUAUCAUACCCUCCUCACAGUCACCGUAUGUGCCAUCGACUAGGCUACAUGUAAUUGAUUACGAUGUGCACAAGCCAUUACCUACCUGGAAGAAAACCAAUCCCGGACAACCAACCUAUAGAGUAUCAGUGUGCAGGUAAGAAAUGGAAUAUACAGAAGGUCUCUAAUACAAAUAGCAAGCUGAUA